UGAAGCGCGAAGGGGACGAAAGGAAAUUACAGGAUGCUAUCAGCAAUUGAGUUCAAUUGGGGUUGAAUGAACAUCAUGUAAACCCGAAUGGAUUUAAACCAAGGAGUGGUUAUUUAUUUGGCUCCAACAUCCUCCAGUUUUCUUCUGGAUUUAUUCAUCCAAAAUGCGGAAGAUGGUUCCAGUUGUGUGCUUUGCGACGAUGUUGCUCCAGGUGGCUCACUCGGCUCAGGGCCGGUACGCUCAACAGCUGCUCACCGACCUGAUGGAGAACUACUCAAACGCCCUGCGGCCGGUGGAGGACACAGACAAAGCCCUGAACGUCACCCUGCAGAUCACUCUCUCCCAGAUCAAAGACAUGGAUGAGAGGAACCAGGUAUUGAUAGCGUACCUGUGGAUCCGUCAGACGUGGCACGAUGCCUACCUGAGGUGGAACAAGGAGGACUACGAUGGCCUGGAGGUCAUACGGAUCCCCAGCAGCCUGGUGUGGAGGCCUGACCUCGUCCUCUAUAACAAGGCGGAUGAUGACUUCUCAGGGCCGCUAGACACGAACGUGGUGCUGCGCUAUAAUGGGGAGAUUACAUGGGAUGCUCCGGCCAUCACCAAGAGCUCCUGUGUGGUGGACGUGUCCUACUUUCCCUUCGACAGCCAGGAGUGCAACCUCACCUUCGGCUCCUGGACAUACAACGGCAACCAGGUUGACAUAGCCAUGGGCAUGGACAGCGGGGACCUGUCUGAUUUCGUGGAGAACGUUGAAUGGGAAUGCCACGGCAUGCCGGCCACCAAGAACGUCAUUAUGUACGGCUGCUGCUCCGACCCCUACCCUGACAUCACCUACACCGUCCUGCUCCAGCGCCGCUCCUCCUUCUACAUCUUUAACCUUCUCCUGCCUUGCUUCCUCAUCUCCUUCCUGGCUCCGCUGGGCUUCUACCUGCCGGCUGACUCUGGGGAGAAGGUGUCCUUGGGGGUCACCGUGUUGCUGGCCCUGACUGUCUUCCAGCUCAUGGUGGCCGAGAGUAUGCCGCCGUCUGAGAGUGUGCCACUUAUUGGAAAGUACUACAUCGCUACCAUGACGAUGAUCACAGCCUCCACGGCUCUCACCAUCUUCAUCAUGAACAUCCACUUCUGUGGGGCCGAGGCCAAACCCGUCCCCCACUGGGCCAAAGUCCUCAUCAUCGACUACAUGUCCAAGAUCUUCUUUGUCUACGAGGUGGGAGAGAACUGUGCCACUGCCACCUCUUCCUCCUCCUCCUCCUCUUCCUCAUCACAUUUUGGCCAGGACGAUGUCCACCAACCCAACUUCAGCAGCCACCGCCAGGCCAAUGGGAAGCCGGGGGGCAACAGCGGGCGAGAGAACCAGUACCGCCACAAAAACCCCAGACCCCAGACUCCUGGACCUCAACGUCACCCCAAGCCCCGACACCAACACCACAUCACCAGAGACGAGAAGAACCAUCUCUCCAGCUCCAAAUACGAGGGCUUUGAGUCCAACAGGAACCUCCCCCUGGGGGACUGCUGCAAGGAGGCUCCUCCCUGCUGUCCGGAGGAUGAAAAGACAGCCGUGGUCGCUGCUGCGGUGGCCUCAGUAACCUUUGGCCCCUGUGUGUUCUGUAGUCACGGCAGCAGCUUACCCGGGGUGGACUCCAAGCUGGUGCGGAACGUGGAGUACAUUGCCAACUGCUUCCGGGAGCAGAGGGCCACCUGCGCCAAGGGGGCGGAGUGGAAGAGGGUUGCCAAGGUGAUGGACAGGUUCUUCAUGUGGAUCUUUUUCAUUAUGGUCUUCCUCAUGAGCAUUCUGAUCAUCGGCAAGGCACCAUGACAACGCUGGCUACCCACGUGUUGUUAUUGGAGACUGUUCUGCGCACGGUUUCCCAAAAGCAUCUUAAGGCUAAGUUCUUUGUUAGAACCAUAUGAUCCUAUGGUUCUAAGAUAAACUAUGGUUCU